CCUAUACCUAGCUAAUAGACCAAACGCAUCCUCAUGGUCAUGGAGAUGGAGCCAAGCUCAGCCACUCUCUUCUUCCUCUCUGUCGUCACACUUGUCAUCCUUGUGUCCCUAGUUAGCCGCAAACCUUCCAUCAAGCUGAGGCGGCCUCCCGGUCCACGUGAUCUGCCGUUCGUCGGGAGCCUCCACCACCUCCUCACGUCACAGCCGCAUGUUGCUCUCCGGGACCUGGCCAAGACGCACGGCCCGGUGAUGCGUCUACGGCUGGGCCAGGUCGAGGCCGUCGUGGUCUCCUCGUCGGCGGCGGCGCAAGAGGUGCUCCGCGACAAUGACCUUUCCUUUGCGUCGCGGCCGAACCUCCUGGCCACGGAGAUCAUGUGCUACGGUAACCUCGACGUUGCCUUUGCGCCCUACGGCGCCUACUGGCGGGCGCUGAAGAAGCUCUGCGUGCUGGAGCUGCUCAGCUCGCGCAAGGUGCGUCAGUUCAAGCCCGUCAGGGACAGCGAGACCAUGUCGCUCAUUAAGGAGAUCUGCGCCGCUGGUAAAGGGGGCAAGCCGGUGAAACUACGCAGCCUGCUCGUAAAGUGCACCAGCUCCGUCACCGGUAAGGCAACUUUCGGCGAGCGUUGCGACAUCGACCUCCGGGAGCAGUUUAUGGCCGCCAUGGAGGUGGCGCAGAUUCACAGCUCGGGCUUCUGCGUGGGGGACCUCUUCCCUUCUCUCGGGUUCCUCGACGUCGCCACUGGGAUGAGAUACCAGCUCUGGCGAGCUCGGAAGCAGCUCGACAACGUGGUUGACAAGAUCAUCAGAGACUGCGAGGCACGACGAGAGGAGAAGAAGUCAACGCCCACAGGAGAUGAAGACCUUCUAAGCCUCAUGCUUAGGAUAAGGGACGAGGGGGGUAGUGAUUUUCCCAUCGAAACCAUAAACAUCAAGGCAAUCAUUGUGGAUUUGUUCACGGCAGGGACAGAGACAACAUCAUCUACCGCAGAGUUUGUCAUGUCAGAACUCAUGAGAAACCCGAAGGUGAUGAAAAAGGCACAAGAGGAGGUGCGGCGAAUGAUGGAGAACAAAAGCCCACAAGAUCAUGAGAACCACAUGGACGAACUACCCUACUUGAGGAUGGUGAUCAAGGAGACCAUGAGGCUACACCCCGUCGUGCCGCUCCUACUCCCUCGCCUUUGUAGGGAGAGCUGCCACGUCGGCGGGUUUGAGAUUGCUAAGGGCACCAGGGUCAUCAUCAACGCGUGGGCGUUAGCAACGAGCCCUGAGAAUUGGAACGAACCUGAGGAAUUCAUGCCAGAGAGGUUCGAAGAUAGCGUUGUUGUCAACGAUAAAGGUACCCAGUUCAAGUUAAUGCCGUUUGGAGGCGGGAGGAGGAUGUGCCCUGGUGAUGGCUUUGCACUAGCCACGUUGGAGCUCAUGGUGGCACGACUUCUGUACUAUUUUGAAUGGAGCUUGCCAGACGGAAUGAGACCAGAUGAGCUAGACAUGGAUGUGAAAGUGGGCACCACAUCAAGGAGAAGAAACGAGUUGCGCGUAGUGGCAUUGCCAUGCAGUAUUCCAAUAGAAAUUUGAAUAUCUCAAAAACUUAUCUUAAAAUGUUGAUGGAGGCAAUAAGUACAUGAUUUAAAAUAUAGAUAAAACAUAGUAUGCUAUUAAAAUGUGUGACGUAAAAUGUAAA